GCCGGUACGAAUAACGCGCUUUCAGUCGGCUCGCGGCUUCUCUGUCGGCUGUUGUUCCUCUAGUACCGCACGAUAAGCUAGAAAGAAGAAGAAAAGGAACGUUCGGAGUGCGUUAAUAUGCUCGCGGCUAUCAGUUGAGAUCCUUUUCGAAAUCACGAGAGCACGUGCUGAUCAUCCAUAAAACGAUGGACAAGCUAAUUGUACUCUCGUGCCUGUUGUACGUGUGCCUUCGAUUCUGCGAAGGCGGCGCGAGUGCUAAUCGAGGAUAUGUAUUCACUGCGCCGAAAAGAUUCCUGGCCGGCGAAACCGAGAGCGGCUGUUUGUCUCUGCACAAUCUCGAACCGCCGGCACACGUUUUCCUGGAGCUGCUGUCUCCAUCAUCUUCGGGUACGAGCGCGGAGGACGAGGUGCUGGCCAGAACGAGUGGUGUCGUUGAAACAGGAUUGGAAACAUGUCUGGAGCUGGCGGUACCUUUUACAAGAUACUUCAAUGGACGAUUGCGAUUGAAGAUAAAAUUUGACAAACAUCCCGAUUACAUCGUGGAAACAGAGAAGAAGGUCUACAUCGAGCACGAUUCUCUUAUCACGUUUGUAGAGACGGACAAGCCAGUCUACAAACCCGGACAAGAUGUGAACAUUAGAAUUCUCAUGCUCAAGCAUGAUUUGAAACCGUGGAAGAAAACGAUACCAAAAGUAUGGAUUGAAAAUCCAUCCGAGGUACGAGUAGCGCAAUGGACCAACGUUAGUACCGAAAACGGAAUGGUUCAAUUAAAGUUUGCUCUCUCUCCGGAACCAAGUCCGGGUGUCUGGAAAAUUAAAGUAGAAAAAACAAGAUCACAACCGCAACUGAUCCAUACAACUGUAUUCGAGGUGAAGAAAUACGUUCUCCCGAGAUUCCAACUGACCGUGACUUCACCAGGAUACAUCCUCGCGGAUGCGGAGAAUGUUACGUGGAACAUAUGCGCAAAAUAUAGCUAUGGUAAACCGGUCAAGGGUAGACUGCUUUUAAAAUCAACGCCUCAAAUUCCGAUAUGGAGACGAAAACCCAAUCUCCCAGAAAUACAUUACGAAACGGAGUUGGACUCGUCGGACGGUUGCACUGAGUUCAUAUUAUCGGGCGCAGUGCUCGGACUGGCUCAAUGGAAAGUGGCGCCGAAUAAUAUUGUUCUCAUAGCCAACUUUACCGAAACUGGUACCGGGAUAGUGGAGACGACAAUCAGUCGGACUGUAGUAGUGCAUCAAGCCUUAAAACUGGAAUUUUUACCGCACACACCCAAAUACUUCAAAUUGGGUUUACCAUAUCACGGAAAGCUACGUGUCUCGCGGCACGAUGAUACUCCGGCGCCACACGAAAAGAUUCAGCUUUGCGUGCGAGUGCGCGGUGAAGACGACUGGCUCCGCGUUGUUGUCGAAUGCCGCAACUUUACAUCUUCGUCCGACGGCUUUGUCGACUUUGUCGUGCCACCGCCACACAGAAAUAUCGUCCUACUAAAUUUCAUCGCGACUGGUGUUGAUUAUCCAACGAAAUACUAUUCGCCGGACACGCGUUGGCGAGUUUUCAUGGAUCAACCGUCAGCGCAUAUCGUCGUGAAUCCUUGGUAUUCGCCAUCAGAUAGCUACUUGGCGGUAGCCCGAGGUUAUCAACCGAUCAUCUGCGGUGAAAAGUAUUCGUUCAACGUUAUGUACACUGUACCAGCGAAAAGUAAAACCAACGAAUCCAUUUCUUUCCAUUAUUCGAUCAAUUCUAAAGGCGACUUGUUGAUAUACGGUCAUGUGAAGCACCGGCCGACUAGAGACACAAUCCUUAAUUACUCAGAAUUUCGGAACCUAUUUGGUGCUGUCGAAACAUCGGGAAAUAAGACCAAUCAAGAUACCAUUGUUCACAGAUUCCCUCUCAGCGUCAAGAUCACCCCGUCUAUGGCGCCUGUAUCUGAAUUAUUACUCUACUAUGUUCGUCCGGACGGCGAGAUUGUCGCCACCACAUACUCCAUUAAGGUGGGACACUGCUUCGAAAAUAAAGUGAAGUCAGCCUGGCACACUGACGCUCAAACCCCGGGAACGACAACCCAGUAUCACGUGGAGGCUGCUCCCUGGUCUCUCUGCGGCAUCUCGGCAGUCGACAAGUCAACUCGCUUCUUAGUAGGAUCCAAAGCGAACUUGAUCGACGCUGAUCAGACAUUUGAGCAGCUGAAGAGAUUCUAUAUCGAACCAGAAUUGCGGCCCAUCUGGACUCAAUGCAAAGUGACGACGCAGCAAGAUACGAAUACCGAAGAAAUCGAUCAUUUACCGAUACCUCUGUGGGGACGUAGAAGGAAAAGAACCUUGAUAUUACCACCAGGACCGUACAGUGGACUCACGAACUAUGUAGACGCUAUACAAGCAUUCGAUGAUUUCGGAGCUAUCGUAAUGAGUGAUCUAAUACUCGAAACGCGACCUUGCCCUCAACUUCACAGAAUGGACAGAUUCAGGACCUCCACGAUCCAAACCUUUUUCCUCCCAUCAUCUUCGGUUUUAGAAUCAGAAGCUGGAAUGUUUAAAAUGGCUGCAAAGACAUUGCCCAUGGCAUACCCAUUAUUGAAUGAAGGACCCGAACAGGCAUACGUGGAUCAAGUACCCGAUCAACCUGCGACUCUUAGAUCUUACUUUCCCGAAACAUGGCUAUGGGAAUUGGUACCAACUGGAAAAGAGGGCAAAGUAACUAUAGAACGUACUUUGCCUCACACCAUUACUGAUUGGGUUGGAUAUACCACAUGUAUUUCAUCUACGCACGGUCUCGGGAUAGCACCGCCGACGACCAUUACGGGAUUUCAACCGUUCUUCCUCGAUUACAGCUUACCAUAUAGCGUGAAACGCGGAGAAAUGUUGCACAUGAAAGUAUCCUUGUUUAAUUACAUGCAACAUAGUUUACCGGUGAAAAUCAAAUUAGAAGACGCAACAGGACUCGAUUUGCAUCUAUCACACGCGGUCGCUUCGUUCUGUGUGAAACCGCGGGAUAGUGUAGUGCACGAAUAUAUCCUUAGACCGCGAGUUCUCGGCGAUGUUAACAUCACGGUUUCCGCUUCAAUUGACUCGGAUUACGCCGAACCGUGUGGUCCGGAAGUACUUCUGUUUACACGAGACGUGAUUGUAAAGCCUAUACUCGUGUUACCGGAAGGCUUUCCUGUAGAAAUGACCAAAUCGGCGUUCAUCUGUCCGAAAGAUUUUAGCGACGAUUCUACCAUUACUUGGAAUCUCGAUUUACCCGAUGAUUUGGUGCCCGAAAGCGCAAGAGGAUACGUGUCUAUAAUAGGAGAUAUCUUGGGUCCAGCCCUCGAGAAUCUGGACAAUCUCGUUCGUUUGCCGAUGGGCUGCGGUGAGCAAAACAUGAUUCUCUUUGUUCCCAACAUACACGUGAUCGGCUAUCUGGAUACUACUGGGGUCGAGAAUCCAGAGCUGAGAGCAAAAGCAAUCAGGAAUAUGGAAAAAGGUUACCAGCGCGAAUUGAUAUAUAGACACCCUGAUGGUUCGUACUCAGCGUUCGGUCCAAACGUAACAGAAGACGGUAGCUCGAUUUGGCUUACCGCGUUCGUGAUAAAAUCCUUCGCUCAGGCAAAAAAUAUAAUUCACAUCGAUGAGCGAGAUCUUAAAAUUUCCGUAAAGUGGAUGCUGAAGAAACAAUUGGAAAAUGGAUGCUUUCCCGUGAUCGGCAGGGUAUUUCACAAAGAUAUGAAGGGCGGUUUGCAAGAUGACAGUUCUUCCUCUGCGUUAACGGCGUACAUAUUGAUCUCUCUCUUGGAAUCGGGAGUACCGUUAGCAACCACGUUCAUUACCAAUGUGCUACAUUGUCUUGAAAAAGGAAUGGAGAACGGCGCCAAUACGAUGUACACAGCAGCUAUGUCCACCUAUGCUUUGACGUUAUUGGAUCAUCCGAAAGCUAACGACAGCAUGAAACUAUUGAUGGAACGUGCGACCCGGAACAAUGAUCUCCUUUGGUGGGAAGAUAAACCUUCGCUAGGAUUGAGCAUUGAAAUGACGGCAUACGCCGUGCUAUCAUUGGUGAAAUUAGGCGGCGAGCCGUAUAUGGUCGAGGCGUUGAAAGCGGUCCGUUGGAUGUCAAAGCAACGAAACGCAGAGGGCGGUUUCACAUCCACACAGGACACUGUGCUCGGCCUAGAAGCGCUGACAAAGUAUGCCGCCGCGAUGUCUAACGAUAACACCGAUCUCUCGGUGCUGGUGACCGGCAAUGAAGUAGAUUACUUGUAUAGAAUGCACAACGAUAAUCGUAUGGUCCUUACGCAAAUUCGGCUACCCGUGAUACCCACGAUAGUUGAGAUCUUUGCUGAGGGUGAAGGCUGUGUCUUAGUACAGAGCAAUAUAAAAUAUAACGUUGCGCAUGCGACUGGCUCCGAAGCGUUUGAUCUUUCGGUUCUUACCGCUUCUGCAAUGUGGGUAGACGAAUGCUCGCUGCAAAAGAUUACAAUUUGCACGCGAUACAAAAUGGCAGAUGGGGAAAGUAACAUGGCAGUAUUAGAGAUCGGCAUGAUAAGUGGAUAUGUCCCGGAUCGUACGAGUCUUCAUUCUUUCUUGGAGGAUCCGGCCACAAAAGUGAAACGUUUCGAGGAGGAUCGCGACAUCGUUACCAUUUACUUCGACAAGUUAACCAAUCAGAAAACCUGUAUAUCGUUUAUGGUGACUAGAGAAAAUUUUGUCGACCGACUCGAGCCUGCAAAUGUGAAACUUUAUGAUUAUUACCAACAGGAGUUGACGAUAUCUACUAGCUACAGCUUUGCGCCGAUCUGCAGCAGUGCCACUCCGAGUGAAGAAGCGGAAAUUCCUAAUCCGGUGCCGGUGGAGGUGGAGAAAUUGAAUAAGAAUACCGCAAAGAACGCGGAAAAGGAGGUAUUUGAAAAAGCAGCCAAAAUUCCGGACAUUCAAAACGGAACUGUAGAGCAGAUAGUACCGCGAGCGGAAAUUGGAAGCGGUCAAACACCGGACGAGCCGGAUAUCAAUCUAAAUCCCGUGUUCGACAGACUCGGGCCGCCCAAUAUAGAUCUUGAAGAUAUGGAGGCAUCAUUUUCGGCUUUCAAUGGACAGAGCCAAGAUUCCUUUCCGACGAAUUUCGAUGGAAACCCGCUCUUUGUUGUAGUCGAUCACGAAUUAGCAACUCCUGAUGGUGUGGAAGGGCCCGUACCGGUUUCUGUGAAGCCCGAUAUCACCGAUGAUUUUGACGAUCUGUUGUCGAAUAUGGCUAAUCAAUCCACUAAGAAAAUAGACGCGAAUUCGAGCAACACGCAAUCGCAAACGUCACUAUCUCCUAGUUCGAACGAAUCUUGCCCUAUAUGUGCCGAUGAAUUGCCACCGAACAUCAACAAGAUUUACUGCUCGGCUAGUAGUGUCGUGAAAGCGGCCAUUAGACGAUUACGAAAAGUAAGACUUCUGUUAGACAUACAACCGUUCCACGAGAUUAAACGUUUGCGUGGAACAAUCGAAUUUGUCUUGAGCCCCAAUUGUUCCUGUUUGCCUUUGGAUAAUCCUGGAAGUUUAGCAUUGUUGAUGCACUCCGAGGACAGCGAGUUUGCACGUUUGCAAAGCAAUUUACACAGUCGCAUGAUCGUUUUAGAUGAACGAAUUUCUAUAUACGAAUUACAAUCAUACAGUGGUCUCCCGGAAGAGUUAAUAAACGCUCGAAAAAUGUGCACUACUCAAGACAAUAAUACAUCUCUUAAUCUUCCUAUAGCUGGCUGAUUUUCGCCAGUAUUUCGCCAAGAGAAUCUACAAAAUUAAUAUUAAAUGCAUCGCGUGCUAGUAAAAGUUAUCAGGAAAUUUAAUCGUUUCAAAACGUAAAAAUUGAAAAUGCGCGCAUAUUUGUAUUAAAAUUCAAAGGAAUUUAUGCGAAACGAAUUUGAGUUGACCAAAAAAAUUUUUUAUUACAAUUUGAUCCGUUUAUUUCAGGACACCUUGUAUAUAAUUCAACGGCAACUUUUUUUACACAGGAUUUUCUACGAAUAUCUAUAUUAUAAACUUCAUGUUAAGAUGUGGAAUAUACGAUAAGUGAUAAAUUAAGAGUAUCUGAUAAAAUAAAGCGUUUUAUACAGCGUUUUUUACAACGAAAGUCAUUAUCGUAAUUCAGAAUUAUAAAUAAUUGAUGAGUUAAAUAAACUGUAAAUAAAGUACAGCGAUUAUAUGAUUAAUGACAUAAUAA